UGAGCGCACCCCUCGGUCUCCGGUGGACUACCGACUAGUCGACUACCGGCUCUCAUUUAGUUUUAUUCGCGUCCGCGUCGGAUGUAAACGUGUCGUACAAUUUAUAUGAUCAAAAUAUUAAAGUUUAUAAAAUUGACAAUUAAUAAAAACAUAGAAUAUAAGUGAUAAGUGAGUUUUGUGGUGUUUUUUCUUUUCUUUAUUCAGUAUUAUGUUUUAGAUCAUGUAACUUAAAAAUCGAAAUGGAAGAAGAAAAUUCUAAUAAAUCCGUUGAAGUUAGCGUCCUAACGGCUUAUAAAAUUGACGAAAAAGUUACCAAUAGAGAGGUAAACAUGGAAAACAAAACAGAUAAUACAAUUGACAGUUCAAUUGUAGUUAUUAAAGAAGAAAAUGACAGUGCUGAAAAUUUAGGGAAUUGUAAGAAUGAAAAAGUAGAGUCAAAACAAUCACUAGUAGAAAACGGGUCCUGUGAAGCCAUUGACGUGCGGUCGAUAGGAGGCGAUCUCGACAGCUUGCCGGUUGGUGACGAUUUGGCGAUCGGUGCUGCUGGAAGUGACAGUGGAGUGGAGGGCUGUGGUCGAGCUCUAAGCAGUGGAGGAGGAUCCCGUUCAUGCGCUUCCAGUGUCGUCUCUUGUGGUUCAGGAUGCGGCUCUGAAAGCUCAUCCUUAGCCGGAGCUCCUCCUCGGCCACGACGUCGCGUCAACGUUACUGUAACGGAACCGAAAAGAAGUUCACCCAUCGCUACGUCUACAUCUCGUCCAGCCACAGCGCCUCGGGGGCCUAACUUAGCCACACGUGAACGUGCAAGAAGUAGAGAAAAACCAACCCCGCCGGAGAAACCUCGACCAUUAACACCCAAACCACGCAUUCGUCCAACCGCCGAUUUGCCAAACCUAGUUCGCGAGAGUCCAGCUUUACGUGCCAAACCAACAAAAACUUCCACUGCAAGGUGUAGGACGCCUAAUUCACCUGUCGACGAGAAGAAAUGGCCCACUAAUGGGCAACGGCUUCCUCCUGCGAAUGAUGCAUCUGCUACUCGAGUAGCAGCCGAUAAAUAUGGUACAUUACCAAGAAGAAGACGGGAUGCUGAUUCUGAGUCAUCACCAAAACACGAAAAUACACCACCUUCCAGAAGACCAACCGUAGCUAGAUCUGUUUCUUCGCGGUCAGUAACAAAAGCUCGUGUUAGGAUAUAUGCUGAAAAAGUUUCACAAACAGUGCUGUGUGGAACUGAUAUCGAAUCUGCUCUUGCGGGAAUUGUGCCAAAUAUAGAAAGUCGUGUAGACGUGUCACGGUGCCACCGUGGUGUUCAAGCUAGCUCUCGUGAUACGGAGAACGCUCGCCUGGCGGCGGCAGUAGUGGCGGCCGAAGCUGCAGCGGCGGAGGAACGAGAGAGGAGGCUCCACGCUGAAGCACAACUGGCCGCUGAGCGGUCGGCCAGACUAGCGGCUAUAUCUGAAUUGGAGAGGAAUUCGCAAAGACUUUUGGAACUUGCUGGCGCUGGCGCCGGUGCUAAUGCAGAUGGGUGUCUCCGAGCUCUGGAGGAGCAGUUACGCUCAGCCGGCGAGCUGGCCACCAGACAACGGGCAGAGAUAGACUCACUGCGGGAACACUGCGAUAAAUUACAUGCGGAGGCGUGUCACGGGCGCGAGACGUCGCGCGUACUGUCGGCGCGGCUGGCCGAGGCGGAGCGCGAGGCGGCCGAGAUGCAGGACUUCCUGGCCGCGGAGACCGGCGCGCUCGGGGACUCGCUGCGGGACGCGGAGGCGGAGGUGGCGCGCCUCGGUGCCGAGCUCGAGCGCAGCCGCGGCGAGUGCCGGCAGCUCGUGCGCAUGUGCGAGCAGCGGCGGCAGGAGGCGCUGGCGGCGAGAGCGCGCGCGCGCGGCGGGGCGGGCGCGGCGGGCGCGGCGGCCGCGCUGGACGCGCUGGCGCGGCGCCUGCGCGCGCUCACGGACGCCGUGCGCGCCGCCUACGCGCUGCCGCCGCACGCGCUGCAGCCCAGCGUCUACCACAACGAGGCCUACUGCAGCCACAGCUCGAGCGAGCCGCUGUCCCCGGCGGAGGAGGCGCGCGGGCUGCUGGGCGCGGUGGCGCGCGCGCUGCGCUCGUCCGCCGCGCCGCUCGCCGAGCCGCUCGCCGCGCACGACGACGGCCGCCUGUCCGCCGACGACGACUCCGCGGACCUGCUCGACUCGGAGACCGAGCCCUGCCUCGUCACCGACCCCGAAUGCGCCGAAGAGUGGUGGUCGGGCGCGGAGGGCGCGGGAGCUUGGAGUGGGGAUGAGCUGUCGCCUGAGCGGGAGUCCUGCGGGGACCUCGACAAAGACACUGAAAGUGGGCCAAAAUCGCUCCGGGCGCUGUCGGCCGCCAUCGCGGCCCGCCAGCGCUGGGAGGCGGCGGGCGAGCGCGCGGCGCGCGGCGCGCUGCUGGAGCGCGUGCUGGCGCUGGACGCGCGCCUGGCCGAGCUGCUGCGCGCGCUGGCCGCCGCCGCGCUGGCCGCCGCGCCGCCCGACCCGCCCGCCGCCGCGCUGGCGCUCGCGCUGCGAGAUAAAAUUGAAGUGACUGAAAAAAACGUAGCUGAUGUCGUAGUGAAGAAGCUGGCCGAACUCGACGCCUGUAAGAACCUAAUGGAACAAUACCAACAGUCAAUAGAAGCUUUAAAAAGUCAGCUAGCACAGUACGGUGAAGAAGACGAAAUCCAACUAUUCGAACAGGAGCUGGCUCGCUGCGACGAAGGCGAGCGGCGGCGCCGGCUGCAGGCGCUGGAGGCGGCGCUCAGCGCGCUGGCCGCCGCGCCGCGCCCGCUGCCGCUCGCGCGCACCUUGCGCCGCCUCGCGCGCGCCUGCACCUAG